UAUUGAGUAGUAUUGCCUUUUUGUGGAUCCUUUGCUUGUUUGUGCCUGGUCGUAAGUUUGGAAGCUGUGCCAACUGUUACAGAGUGUUUAUGGAGGAGUUUUUAAUGAAGUGGAGUUUUUUUCCUUUGAUGUCCUGUUCUUCGAGUUCUAGCUUGUGAUAAGAGCUAAUGGAGACGACAGUGGUUUGUGAGGUUGAUGUGGAGUCCAGAAGAAUAGUGGGGGGUAGUGACUCCCCACCAGACCUCGUCAGUCCAACUCAGGAAGAAGAUGCAGAGUUUGGUUUAGGAUUGUGCUGUGCCGAGGAGAGGGGAGAAACUCCAGGCAGAGAGGACAGCCCCAGCCAUUUGGGAGAGAUAGAGCUUGACCCUGGAGGAGACUCCAAGCCCGGGGAGGACAAGGCUUUCGGGAAGGAAGUUACUCUUUUAAUGCAGGCCCUGAACUCCCUAGCAACUCCUGAAGAGAAACUGGCUGCAUUGUGCAAGAAAUAUGCAGAUCUGUUGGAAGAGAGUCGCUGUAUGCAGAAGCGCCUGAAAGCCCUUCAGAAGAAGCAGUCUCAGAUAGUGAAGGAGAGGAUCCACCUGCAGGGAGAGCACAGCAAGGCCAUUCUGGCCCGCAGCAAGUUGGAAAGCCUCUGUAGGGAACUGCAGAGACACAACAAAACACUAAAGGAAGAAAAUGCCCAGCGGUCAAGGGAGUAUGAGGAGCAGAGAAAGGAAGCCAUGCUGCACUUUCAAAUGACUUUGAGUGAUAUUGAAAUGCAGAUGGAGCAGCAUAGCUCUCACAACACCAAGCUAAGGGAGGAGAACAUCGAACUUGCUGAUAAGCUGAAAAAGCUAAUUGAGCAGUAUGAGCUCAGAGAGGAGCAUAUAGAUAAAGUGUUUAAACAUAAGGAGCUGCAGCAGCAGCUGAUGGACGCCAAGCUGCAAAGAAUCACAGAGAUGAUGAAGGAGGUGGAGGAGAAGCAACAGAGAGAGAGAAACUUUCUGCUGAAGGAUGCUACGGAGUCCAGACGAAAGUGUGAACUGAUGAAGGAGCAAGAAACACAGCUCAAACAGCAGCUCUCCUUGUACAUGGACAAGUUUGAGGAGUUUCAAAGUACUUUGGCCAAAAGCAAUGAGGUCUUCACCACUUUCAGACAAGAAAUGGAGAAAAUGACCAAGAAGAUCAAGAAGCUAGAGAAGGAAACAACACAGUGGAGGACUAAAUGGGAGAGUAACAACCAGGCUCUCCUGCAGAUGGCUGAGGAGAAGACUCUGCGUGAUGGCCAUUUCAAAGCCCUGCAAGGAAAACUGGAGCUGCUGGAGAGGUUGUGUAGAGCACUGCAGAAGGAGAGAAAUGACCUUAACUACCAACUCGGCCUUCUUCAGGGACAGGGAAACAAAGACAUCCCAGCACCCCUUGAAGACCAGCCACAGAUACCUUCAGCUAGCCAGGGGGAAGAUAAUGACGCGAUGGGCUCAGGACAGAGUAAUGAGCUGGAGAAAGAGUAUGUUGACCAAGCACCCAGACUGACGGAACUGGACUCCUCACUGGCCACAGCUGAAAAAAACACUACUACUGUGAUGAUAAGUCAGUCGGCAAAAACCGCAAACACACAGUAGGAUUGAGUCAAUCCUUUGCUGUGGGAGUGAGUGUGACAUCAGGGAGAUAGUGGGUGAAUCAUAUUAGCAGAAUAGUGAAGUGUUGUUUUGUCGAAGGAAAAAAAAAGUAAUUUUUGUCAAAUCAGAUUUCUAAAUUCAUACAGAAGUCUAACAGCCUCAGCUUUGCCACUCUCACCCCACAUACCCUGUCAGAGUGUUAGGCUAGUGAUGCUGAUUUUGGUAUUUCACAACAUGUGAUACUGCCCUGGGGUUUAUUCAUGGUCUGUCAGAACUAAGUCAUAAGAUGUGCUGUCAAAUAGCAAAAGCAUUAUGCUUAAUGCAAAGAGGUAAAGACCUCAAUAGGACUCUUGCAGCAUUCCGUGUUUAGCAAAGCAUGUAUAAUGUUCAGAGGAUGGCACUGGCAGUGAUGCACACAGUCCAUCAAGUAUGAACUUCUUUAAAACUGCUCAUGCUGUAAAAGCCAGUUUUGUAGGUGGAAAGGCUGUUUUCUUUUUAGGGUUGUUUUGUGUCAGUUUGGUAAGAGUAGCUAAAAACAGUAAAUGAGAGCUUUUGUAAGGAAGCUGAAUGUAAACCAACAAAUGUUGCCAUUUUUUACUGAACCUUUGUCCUUCAAUUUAGAGUUAACCUGAUUUAGUUUUAGACUCUACUUUUGUUGCUAUUCAAAAAGAUUUAUAUUUUGAUAAAAUAGAAAAUAAAGAUUAUGACAUGAAAUUGA